UGUGAUAUUUGGGAAGUUAUUUAGCUUCUGUUUUCCUCUCUAUAAAAGAGGCCUAAUAAUACUGUGUUUUAAACAUGUUGUGAAGAUCCAACAGGACAACGUAAAGAAAUAUUUCUGACUCAUAGAAAGCACUCAUUAAAUACUGACAUGCAUAGCUCUGUGUGUCUGUGUGUGUGGAUGGUGGUGGUUUAGUCGCAAAGUCGUGUCUGACUCUUGUGACCCCAUGGACUGUAGCCCGCCAGGCUCCUCUGUCCAUGGAGCUCUCCAGGCAAGAAUACUGGAGUGGGUUGCCAUUUCCUUCUCCAUGUGUGUAGAUAUAUUUUAUUUAUUUAUUUUUGGCCUCACUGUGCAGCAUGUGGGAAAUUAGUUCUACAACCAGGGAUUGAACCUGCACCCACUGCCUUUGAAGCGUAAAGUCUUAAUUACUGGGCCACCAGGAAAGUCCCUGGAUAGAUUUUAAAUCUGAGUAGACUGAGAGUUAUCUAUAUGAAUGACUACAAUGUAUUUUUGAAAUUAUGUUCAAUUUUUUGUACUUGUUUAAGAACAUUUUCUUUAAAGCAUGGCUAGAUGCCAUAUCUAACCAGUGAAUUAUGUGUGGUGAAAGCAUUUAAAAUAUGAACUGUCAAAUAAGACCAAGAAGUGAACUUUAUCUUUAAAAGCACUUUGGAGUUCUAGAACUGAAGGUGAGAGUGUGAACUUCCUGUCUUUUCUGUCUAGACCUAUCACAAAUUCUGUCCUCCAGAUAAAAGCUACUUUAGACACAGGGUGGUAAGGUGUGGGCAGAAGUCCUCUCUUCCUUGGAAUAAAAGGUGGGGACUUCCUCUUACUCAUUACUCCUUCACAGCAGCAGGGCUGUUUCCUUUUCUCUCUCCCGGGUGGAGGUGGAUCCGGGUCCUAACUCCAGGCCCAGUCUGAUCAUCUGGUUUGCAGCGUCAGGUUACAGAUCUCCAUCCACAAGGGUCCCAGGCAGGACUUGACUGAGGAUAUUUGUUUAGAGAAGAAAUCUAUCUUUGCCAUCACUCUGGAGUUGGAACUUGAUGUUCCUUGAGGAUGUUCUGGAUUAGUUUGUAACUAAAGGCAUUUUGUUCUGUCCAAGGAUCUCCUCCUCUGCCUUCCCUGUGCCCAAACUCUACCGAUCUCUCAUCGCAUGAAGAUGACUGGGUGGAAGAAGAAGCUCUGCCGGGGGCAUCAUCUGUGGGCCCUGGGCUGCUAUAUGCUGCUGGCCGUUGUUGCUCUGAGGCUUUCUCUCAGGUUGAAAUGUGAUGUAGAUUCCUUGGAUCUGGAGUCCAGGGGCUUCCAAAGUCAGCGUUGUAGAGACGUCUUAUACAAGAACCUGAAGCUGCCAGCGAAGAGCUCCAUCAACUGUUCUGGGAUCACACGAGGGGACCAGGAAGCGGUGAGCCAGGCUCUCCUGGACAACCUGGAAGUCAGCAAGAAGCGGUUGCCUUUCACUGACACCGACUACCUCAACAUGACCAGAGACUGUGAGCGGUUUAAGGCCCGAAGGAAGUUCAUACAGUUCCCACUGAGCAAAGAAGAGUUAGACUUCCCCAUUGCAUACUCGAUGGUGGUCCACGAGAAGAUUGAAAACUUUGAACGGCUGCUGCGAGCUGUGUAUGCCCCUCAGAACAUAUACUGUGUCCAUGUGGAUGAGAAGUCCCCAGAAACUUUCAAAGAGGCAGUCAAGGCCAUUAUUUCCUGCUUCCCCAAUGUCUUCAUGGCCAGUAAGUUGGUUCCGGUGGUUUAUGCCUCCUGGUCCAGAGUGCAGGCUGACCUGAACUGUAUGGAAGACUUGCUCCAGAGCUUGGUGCCAUGGAAAUACUUACUGAAUACAUGUGGGACAGACUUCCCCAUAAAGACCAACGCCGAGAUGGUCCUGGCCCUCAAGAUGUUGAAUGGAAAGAACAGUAUGGAGUCUGAGAUACCUUCUGAGUACAAAAAAACUCGCUGGAAAUACCGCUACAAGGUGACAGACAGACUGUACCUGACCAGCAAGAUGAAGGACCCUCCCCCUGAUAAUUUACCUAUGUUCACAGGGAAUGCCUAUUUUGUGGCUUCUCGAGCCUUUGUCCAACAUGUCUUAGAGAACCCCAAAUCCCAAAGACUGAUUGAAUGGGCCAAAGACACCUAUAGCCCUGAUGAACACCUCUGGGCCACCCUUCAGCGUGCACCAUGGAUGCCUGGCUCUGUCCCCUACCACCCCAAGUAUCACAUCUCAGACAUGACUGCCAUCGCCAGGCUGGUCAAGUGGCAGGACCAUGAGGGAGAUGUCAGCAUGGGAGCCCCUUAUGCACCUUGCUCUGGAAUCCAUCAGCGGGCCAUUUGCAUUUAUGGGGCUGGGGACCUGCACUGGAUUCUCCAGAACCAUCACCUCUUGGCAAACAAGUUUGACCCAAGGGUGGAUGAUAACGUCCUGCAGUGCUUAGAAGAGUAUUUACGUCAUAAGGCCAUUUAUGGGACUGAACUUUGAGCUGUACUGCGGACGGAUUGCUACCUGAGGGCCAGGGACAUGUGCCAACAUGCCUAGGGCAUGCUGGUACUGUGUGGGGUGGGGGACGAGGGCUGUGGAAUUCGUGGCAUCCCCCAGGGUCAGAGGCCUGCUCCUGGAGUGUGGAGAGUAGAUAUGCUGACUUGCAGACUGCUGCCCUGGGUGGACACUGACUGGUAGCUCAGCCCACUUCCAGUAGCUCCUUCAUUCACUUUCUCACUGAGUUCAUAACAAGAACCAGUUGUCUGGGUAAGUGUGGGAGGACACCUGGAUUUCAGUUGAAUUGGUAUCAACUUUUCCACUCUCUGGAGGUGCCCAUUCCUAAUAAUUCUAGGCUUGGUAGUGGGGAGGGGACUUUGAUGGACAGAAGGCCUCCUGUUUUGUACUAUUAACUUAAUAAAUAGCUUCUGAUUAAAA